AUGAACGACGUGCAAAAGGACGAAUUGUUGGCUUUAGAGGUGGGUCAUAUACCGUGUCGAAUCUCGCUUCUGGUUCUUCGCUUUCUCAAGCUCGCACCAUGAACACCGGGCUCAGAGCUGACUCAUCGUCCUUCACGAUGCGAUCUCUAUUCUGUCUUCGACGGGCGAGCCCUGGUGCAGUCCAUCUUACCGGACUGCAUGACCUGGACAAGGGAGGCGGAUAAAGUGCAUGUCGCCAUCAAAGUUCACGUCGACCUGGGGCAGGACCGCCAGGUGCACGUAUGGGACCUUGCGCAACACCCAGCAGAGGCCAUCCCCGAAUCGACGAUGACCUUGUCGGCAGCUCCACCUCGAGCUGUUCCGACGAUUCUUCCUGCCGCUUUGUCGUCUGAACCGACAUAUGUGGCUCACAGCGAAGGUACAAAACCCAAACAGCGAGAUCGGGGCCUGCGCGGCAAGAUACCACCCACUCACCUUAAAUCAUCGUCUCGAGAUACCCCCGUACCUUCGGCCACGAACGCCCAACGUCCAGAGCCUGUCAUCAUGUCACUCAGAAAGAAUGAAAAUGGAACGACACUAUGCACGGCUCCCGUUGUCACGCGUCGUGCCCAGAUCGAGCCUGAAACAGUCCCCUCUGAGCCAUUGCUAGAAGCGAGACCCGCUCAUGCCGCCGAACGGAGCCCGGAUGAACCCCGCAUUCUCGAGCUCAGAUAUCUUCCCCCGAUCGAGAUGUUGGUCAUCUUAUCUGGAAUGUAUCCCCGUGAACGCGGCCCCGACUCGAUCAAGAUUAUCGACCGUGCACAAUGGCUUCCCGAGGACUGCUUGAAUACCCUGACAGCCAAGCUCAACGAUGGUGAGUGCAUUCAGGAUUCAUCGCAGUUUGGCCCCAGCUCCGCCUAUUUCUUCGUCUUCUGGCUUGAUUUUUCUAGUCUGGUCCGGCGACGAGUGCUUAUGGGCGAUGCUCGACCUUAUUCAGAACGACUCACUAGUUGAAAUUCUCCCACUCCAAUUUCCAGUUGUGCUCAAGCAACGACCUCGGCCUUCCUUUUCCGACAUCGAGCCGUUUUCAACUAUACUCUCCGCUCAUGAUCUGGCACAACGAACCUCCACCUUCUCAUUGACGACGUACACCUGCUCGCUCUGCUUGACUUCGUUCAAGGGUACGCGAUGCGUGCGGCUCGCCGCCUGUUCGGAUGUCUUUUGUCUGCAGUGCCUCAAGGACUUUUUUACGCUUAUGAUUACGGAAGGAAUGGUCCGCUCGGUCUAUUGCCCCGGGGCAGAAUGUAUCACUGCAAGGGUCAAGUGGGAGCGAGAGCAUCGGGACGAGGAGGAAGGUCGACCGGGCAAGAUUGGCAAGGAGGAGCUCAGGGCGAUCGUGGGCGACGCAUUAGUUGGAAGGUACGAGUGGCUACUCCAGAAACAGACUCUGGAAAGUGGUGAGUCGGGGCGCGUGGCCAGCAAUUGAAGGUUGUCGGAAUCCGGAUCAAAUCUGAAUUAUCUUCCCGAAUACAGAUCAUUCCGUGUCGUACUGCCCUCGAUGUGAAGCAGGGGUGCUCAAAACCGACGACGAUGAGAAACUGCGCAUUUGCAAGUCUUUCCACACGUCCGUCACGAGACCCUUACUCGAGUAUCCGACUUAACAUUUAUUCCGCUCACAUCCAGGCUCCUCAUGCGAAUACCCUUAUUGUGUAUUUUGCCGUCGAGUGUGGCACGGUACACGCAAUCCUUGUGCACUGCCCCAAAGCUCCGCCAUCGUCACCCAAUUCCUCUCAGGCUCGCCUUCGACUCAGGCGGCACUGGAACACCGCUACGGUAAAGCCAACAUCCGCCGCCUAGUCGCCGUCUUUGAGGAAGAACGCCUUAAUCGCGAAUGGAUGGACAGGAUGACGAUGAAGUGCCCCGGGUGCGACGUAGGGGUCGAAAAAUCCCAAGGGUGCAACCACAUGCAAUGCUCGCGGUGCUCGUCGCACUUUUGCUUUCGCUGCGGCAAAUCACUUUCAGCGAUCGAUCCGUGUGUACCCGGAUUCGAUCUCCUUUCUUCCACCGUAAGCUCAUUCUCAACUCUUUUGUGAACACUCAGAUACAAGCACUUCUCGACGCCAGGGUCGUCGUGCUACCAGAAGCCGUUCGAUUUCGUGGCUGGACCUGUGAACGGGAUGCUCAUGAUCGACCAGGCAGAAAGAGAUGAGAAUGUGGCCGUCGCGUUGCAGCAGGAAAGUUGGUACGAACAAGGGUGGAACCCGUUUGAGUAG